AUGGAUGCAAGAGAUAUUGUUCCCGCGUUUCACGGAAGUGACUUUAAAGGCGAGCGUCUUACCGUGCAGUUUGCCAGGGGCCCCCGUCGCAAGGAGAACUUUCCAGCUCCUACGGACCGUCCUAAUGUCCCUCGCCCUCGCCGUACGAUCUUUCGUAUGUUGAUCUCCGGUCUCCCGGAAACAAGCUGGCAGGAUCUCAAAGACUUUGCCCGUCAAUCUGGGCUGGACGUCGUUUACUCAGAGACUGGCCGUGAGCCUGGAAGAGGGUUUGUUGAGUUUGAGACUGCAAACGAUUUGAAAACCGCAGUCGAGAAACUCGACGGCCGAGAGUUCAAAGGCGCCAGAGUGACUUGCGUUCCCGAUAUUCAGCCGUAUGAUGACCGCACUUACCGUGACCCAUACCGUUCCCGGUCCCCUCGUCGAGGCUAUCCCCCGAUGGAUGAAUACGACCGCAGAUACUCGGUGCCUCGCGGCUACAGUCCGCGUAGCCAUUUCCGCGAACGGUCUCCUAUCCCCAUGCGCCGGGAAUACUAUGGCGAUGGUUAUGGCCGCCGUACCCCGCCGCGUCCUAGGAUGGAAGAAUAUCCCCCUCCACGACGCCCUUACGAAGACCCCUAUGGCCCACCACCUCCGCCUCGGUAUGACGACCCGUAUGCUGCCCCAAGGCCCUAUGGACGACCUCGAUCCCCGCCACGGGGUGAGUACGCUCCGUACGAGCGCCGUUACUGGUAG